UUGGCAAGCCACCUGUUACCUACCGACUGGAGGAGGGUCUGUAUUUGUGUGUGUGUGUGUUGCGGCAGUUAUCUAAAGAAUACGGCUUUCAGCUCCCUAGCCACCAGCCUCCCUAUUCCAGGUACCCCGCCGCACUAAGAGAUCCAGCGCGGGCUCGCGCGCAGGCGCAAGGCAGCCGCUAAGUUCCGCGACUGUGCGGUGCUGACUGUCGCGUGGUGUCCCCGAGUGGUUCCCCUGGGCUACUUCUCCCUCUUCAUCCUGGACUCAGGGUCGCCACUGCCCGUUCUGCAGGCACUUUGCAACCCGUGCCCAGGCCGAGCCAGGCGCAGCCCCUACCCUCUGACCCAGCGUUGCACAAUGCCCGACCAAAGUCCCCGGGCGGGUAAACCCCAGCGUCCCUGCCCCUGGGCGGGGACGGGUGGCGGCCUUGCGGGGAGCCGAGGCGACCAGCGCAGCCGGCUCAGUGCACCGGCGCCGGCCCUCGAGUUCCCCGCGAGCUGCCGCCGCAGACUCCCAAGCCGCUCGGCUCCGCUGCCCGCCGCUCGCCGCUUCCCUCGCAGGCCGCCGCCGCGGUCGCCGCCGCCGCAGCCAUGGCGGAAGUUCAUAGACGUCAGCAUGCCCGGGUUAAAGGAGAAGCCCCCGCGAAAUCCUCCACACACAGACAUGAGGAGGAGCUGGGGAUGGCGUCGGCCGAAACGCUGACCGUGUUCCUGAAGCUGCUGGCAGCCGGCUUUUACGGCGUGAGCUCCUUCCUGAUCGUGGUGGUCAACAAGAGCGUGCUCACCAAUUACAGAUUUCCCUCCUCACUAUGUGUUGGACUUGGCCAGAUGGUGGCUACAGUGGCAGUACUCUGGGUGGGAAAGGCACUCAGAGUAGUCAAGUUUCCAGACUUUGACAGAAAUGUACCUCGAAAGACGUUUCCACUACCUCUACUAUAUUUUGGGAACCAAAUCACGGGACUGUUCAGCACAAAGAAACUGAACUUGCCAAUGUUUACAGUUCUGAGAAGGUUCUCUAUCCUGUUUACAAUGUUUGCUGAAGGAGUUUUACUCAAGAAAACUUUUUCUUGGGGUAUUAAGAUGACUGUAUUUGCAAUGAUUAUUGGAGCGUUUGUAGCUGCCAGCUCUGACUUGGCAUUUGAUCUGGAAGGAUAUGUUUUUAUUCUGAUAAAUGAUGUGCUGACAGCAGCAAAUGGUGCCUACGUAAAACAAAAAUUAGAUUCAAAGGAGCUGGGAAAAUAUGGUCUGCUCUAUUACAAUGCACUGUUCAUGAUUCUGCCCACCCUGGCCAUUGCAUAUAUUACGGGAGAUGCACAAAAGGCAAUGGAUUUUGAAGGCUGGGCGGACACCCUCUUUCUUCUGCAGUUCACCCUCUCUUGUGUGAUGGGAUUUAUCUUGAUGUACGCCACAGUACUCUGCACGCAGUAUAAUUCUGCUCUUACAACUACAAUAGUUGGCUGUAUUAAGAAUAUAUUAAUAACUUAUAUUGGAAUGGUCUUUGGUGGAGAUUAUAUUUUCACAUGGACAAACUUCAUUGGCUUAAAUAUCAGUAUUGCUGGGAGCCUGGUGUAUUCCUAUAUCACUUUCUCUGAGGAGCAGCUGAGCAAACAGUCAGAGGCCAGUAACAAGCUGGACAAUAAGGGGAAAGGAGCAGUAUGACCUGAGGAUUGCUUCAGCCACCUCGGCCAAGUUUAUGAUCAGCUCGGGACACUGGCAUUUCCUACACAGAUACGGAGGGGUCUUGGUUACGGAGGACAUACCGUUUCUUUGCACUUGUACAAUCCGAGGAUUGAUUGCUGCCUUUUUAAAUCUUAUGAGAGAAACUUACAACUGAUUCUUUUAAAUAUGCCAUUUGAAAUAAUUUAUAUCAGACUGGAAAA